CCUUUGCAUUUUCUCUUUCUUUCUCUCUCUUCCUCUCACUACAACUCAAUUUUUCCAUAUUCUUCAAAAUUUUUUUUUUUUUAUAAAAAAAAGAAUUAUAUAUAUAUAUAUAUAUUGUACCAUCUGUCUCUUACACAUCUUCCCAUUUCCAUCUGUUUGGUAUAUGUAAAUUUACGUGUUUUGCUAUCGAAAGUAGAAGAAUUUGGAAGAACAAGGAGAGAGAGAGAGAAAAAAAAAUAGGGGGCUAUAUUGAGGAGGAAGAACAUGCCCUCAGUUCUCACAGUGCCUCCUGUUAGAUCUUAGUUUUUUUUUUUUUUUUAAAUCUGGGUUUUCACUAAUCGGUUUGGUUUCGUCGAAAUCUCGAUUUGGGUGUGUUGAAUUGUGUCUGGAUUGAUCGUCGAAGGAUCCGAUGUUUUUCGAUUGAAUCCGAGGAAAUCCAAGUGGUAUUAUCAGACAUACUGUUUUGGGUUUCCUGUAAUUCUCUCAACUAAGGAAAAUGCAAUCCGAUCUCGGAAAGUUAUUUAUUGGUGGAAUUUCUUGGGACACAAAUGAAGAACGUUUGAAGGAGUAUUUUAGUGUUUAUGGGGAAGUUUUGGAAGCUGUAAUUAUGAAGGAUCGGAGCACAGGGCGUGCCCGUGGUUUUGGUUUUGUUGUCUUUGCUGACCCUGUAGUGGCAGAGAGAGUCAUUAAGGAGAAACACAACAUCGACGGUAGGAUGGUUGAGGCUAAAAAGGCUGUUCCAAGGGAUGACCAGAACACAUUGAGUAGAAGCAGUAGUAGCAUUCAGGGCUCUCCAGGUCCAGGACGCACAAGAAAGAUAUUUGUUGGAGGUUUAGCUUCCACAGUCACAGAGGCUGACUUUAAGAAGUAUUUUGAGCAGUUUGGGACCAUCACCGAUGUCGUGGUGAUGUAUGAUCACAACACUCAGAGACCAAGAGGCUUUGGAUUCAUCACCUAUGAUUCAGAGGAUGCGGUGGACAAAGUGUUGCUGAAAACGUUCCAUGAGCUGAAUGGUAAAAUGGUUGAGGUCAAGCGUGCAGUCCCCAAAGAGUUGUCACCAGGUCCUAGCCGAACUCCACUUGGUGGAUAUAACUAUGGUGUGACUAGGAUCAAUAACUUUCUCAAUGAUUACGCUCAAGGCUACUCUCCAAGUACAGUUGGAGGGUAUGGUCUUAGAAUGGAUGGUAGAUCAUUCAGUCCAAUCACUGGUGGUCGAAGUGGGUAUGCUCCAUUUGCUUCUGGUUAUGGAAUGGGUUUGAACUUUGAACCAGGACUGAACCCAAAUUUUGGGGGAAGUGCAAAUUUGAAUAAUACUCUCAGCUAUGGACGGGGGUUGAACCCUUAUUAUAUUGGUAAUACGAAUAGGUUUGGUAAUCCUGUUGGGUAUGAUGGAGGAGGGAAUGGAGGAAACACUUCCUUUUUUAGCUCAAGGACUGGGAAUUUGUGGGGGAAUGGAGGGCUCAAUUAUGGAACAAACUCAACAAGUCCGAGUGCCUAUGUGGGGUCUGGAAGUGGAAGCAUUGGGGGCACCUUUACCAACAGUGGAGUUAAUUGGGGGUCUUCUCCAAUUUCACCUCAAGGUGGGGGUAAUGUAUCUAGUCAUGGCGGGAAUCUUGGUUAUGGAGGUGGUGAUAACAGCUAUGGUUUGGGAGGGGGAGGGUAUGGAAGAAAUACUGCAACUAGUGGACCCCCCUCAUCAUCUUACGCUACAUCAAAUGGUGGUUAUGAUGGGGCUUUUGCAGACUUUUAUGGUGGUAGUUCGGUGUAUGGGGACCCCACUUGGCGUUCGACGAACUCUGAGAGAGAAGGAACUGGUUCAUUUGGUUAUGGAUUUGGCAAUGGAGCAUCCGAUGUUCCUGCAAAAAGUUCUCCCAGUUAUGUUGGUGGUUAUAGUGUUACUAAGAGACAGACAAAUAGAGGAAUUGCUGGCUAGGAGUAUACCAGAUAUCAGUAUGUUUUAGUAGGUGAAGAAAUUUGGUGUAGCUGGUGAAUUGUGAAUUUUGCACACUCCCUCAGUGAAUAUAUCAGUUAAAAAAGUUAAAAGGAAAUUCGUUACCUUAUCUAGUGCUAACCGGAGUGCCUGUUUUGAAGAAUUAAGUUUAGAGAUAGAAGAAGUUACAAGAUAUUUUGUGUUUUUAAGUGUUGAGUUUUGUGUUUUAUCAAUUUAGGGUUUCUUUUUUGGUAUUUGAGUGAGACGUAAGAUCAGAUUGCGGCAUAUAGUCAGAAAUGUAUCAUGCAUCUCUGGUGAGGCAACCGAUACAUCAAAAAAGAACAAAAGAAACAAGAAAAGAAGAAAGAAAGAUAGACACUCGAUUUUGGAUUUAAUUUUAGUUUUAAUGUUUUCUGCAAAGUUGCAGGCCCGUGCGUAUCAGGUAAUCCUUGUUUUUGUUGUUCCCUUGAUCGGGUUUUGUUUUUGUUUUCCCUUGGAUUGUAACCAGAGGUUGUUGUGAUUUACUAAUGUGAAACAUUUGAGGGAUACCCAUCUAGGGUCCCCGUGAAUAAGUUGCCACAUUCUGAUUCUUUUUUCCAUUGGAA